AUGCCAACCCUCCACCCCCGUCAUCCCAUCCUCCUCCUCACAUUCAUCACCUUCACACUCAGUCUCCUCUACGACUUCCGCACCCUCCAUCGCUCACGAGCUUAUCACGAGCUCCAAACCGCCCUCUGCAUCUCAAACCAGACGUCCCUUUCCGAACAUAGACAAAAUGAGAAGUUCCGCUGGUCAGAGGUUGCACAUAACUACCCCAUCCCCAAAGAAUCUCUGAUUUCCCUCCCUAAGGCUUUGCCGAGAGAUGGAAUACCAAGAAUUCAGAAGGAAAUGGCGAGGGAGAGUAGGGAGGAGAAGAAAGAGAGAUUGAGGAAGUUGGAGGUUAUUAGGGGGAAUUUUAGUCGUGCUUUUUAUGGGGAUGGGAGUCGUGCGGAGUUGCGUGAUGGGGUUGGGUUGAUUUCUAGGGGGAAUGAUGGGGAGGGGGGUUGGGGAGUGGGGUUGAUUGAUUCGCUUGGUUCAUAAAUAAAUUGAUCUCCUUUUGGGGAGUCUGAAGGGGAUGAAGUUUUUGAGAGGAGGAAGGAAGAAAAGCUAAUUGGAAACUAAAAACAGAUACCCUCUGGCUCAUGGACCUCAAAGAAGAAUUUGACACGGCAAUAAAGUCAAUCUCCAAAGUCGACUUCACAACCAGCCCGGUAAAAACAAUCAAUGUUUUCCAAACCACAACCCGCAUCCUGGGCGGUUUACUCAGCGCCUACGUAAGAUCUCUUUAUAAGAUAUUUAAGUAGUAGUAUAAUACUAAAGGCUAAAUUAUAGGAUAUGAGUCAUUCUCUCUACCCAGAGCUUCUUGACAAAGCAAUAGAAGUAGGAGAUAUGUUAUACACAGCCUUCGACACACCAUCCCGUCUCCCCGUUUCCCAUUUGCACCUCCAAAGUGCGAAAGAGGGGAAGAAACAAGAUGAGAGCGAGGGAGUGGGCGUGCCGGAAAUGGCGAGUGUGACACUGGAGUUCACGAGAUUAAGCCAGGUGACGGGGGAUAUGAAGUAUUUCGAUGCGGUACAAAGGGUUGUUAACAAUCUUGAAGGCCGCCAGGAUAGGACGAAGAUACCUGGUUUGUGGCCUAUUGGGAAUGCGACAAAAGGAAAAGUCAAUAGCAGUGAAACUGUGGAGUUUGGGGUUGGCGGGGAGGGGGGUGUGUAUGAGGGGUUGAUGAAGAUGUGUGUUUCUUCCUCUCAGGGCAAGAGUAGGACUGAUAGAUGA